CAAAACAUUGUGUAUUUCUAUUUUUUAGAUUUCUUUGAUGCACUGCUUAAAGAAAAUUAAGGACCAAUCGUUCAAAGUAAUGAGUGAAAAUUUGAAAUAAUUAUCAACUCUCUGUUAACUGACUUGAACUGGCAUCCAAAAAACCUGUGUGUACUCGACGAAAAGAUAGACUACUCUUAAUAACUCGAAUUACAAAAGCCCAGAAGCACAGCUUUGAAGUGUAUUGUAGGGUUGAUUGUCAACAGGCAAUGAAAGCCGAAGAUGGCCUCCAGAAGAUCUCUGGACAGUGGCCGUGCUGAGUAUGAGACAAGACUUCAAGAACUCUUUGAGGAAAGUGAUGUGACUGACAAAGGCUACCUAGACAGAGAGGAAGUCAAUGCUCUGUGUUCUAGACUGCAGUUGGGUAGACUAAAAGACAAAGUUGUGCAAGCCUUGCAAGGAAGAAGUGUAGACAAAAACAAGGUUGUCUACGAGGAUUUUCGGCAUGUGUUCUUCGCCUUGUUGGAGGAACUUGAGGCACAGCAGACCAAAAGCCCUCGAAGGUCCUCGUUAAAGGCUGAUUGCCUGGAAGAACCGGAACCGUCCCCCAAAGCCACGCCCAAACUCGUCAUAGGAAGGAAGAAAUAUGGCCGUCGAUCCUUACCCUUCAACCGCGAGACAGACAUGAAGAGUCCGGGCCCAGAGGGCUCCUACAGUCAAUUCCUGCAGGACCUUAGCACCAACGACCGGUCGUCGCCGUGUGUG